AGUGGGCUGACAGGGACACACACAGGAGCAGGCUGGAGAGGAAGCACGACUCUCUUAUCGCGUCACUCUGGGCUCAGGCGUGAGGCAGGAAACAGCCUUUCCUCUUGGAUUGUCGCCGUCGGAACAAACCCACAUUUUUGUCUUUGCUCAAUGCGACCCUCGGCACAGAAGACGCGGAAGCCGGUCAGAAGGAAAAAUGCCUCCUUCGAUGCAGAUAGCGGUGCUGCUCCUCGGCGUCUUCGCUUUGGAGACGCGCCGGAGCGCCAGCGCGCUGCGCAUCCAACAGGCGUUCCCCACUCCGAACCUCACCAAUAACUUCGUGGUGGACCCGCUGAGCGGAACAAUCUACCUGGCCACCGUCAAUUCCAUCUACCAGCUGAACGGCACCUUGAGCCUGGAGGCGGAGAAGCGGACGGGACCGGUGGAGGACAACCUGUUGUGCCAUGCGCCUCAGCUGCCUCAGGCUCCGUGUGAGCACCCCAAAUCCCUCACGGACAACCAUAACAAGCUGCUUAAGCUGGACCGGGAUCAAGGGGUGUUGGUGGUGUGCGGCUCGGUGUACCAGGGCUUCUGUGAGCUCAGAAAGAUGGGCAACAUCUCAGAAAUCGCCGUGGAGUUCCCACCCCAGGGCGAGAAGACCGUCUUCCCGAGCAUGCUGAACAUCGCUGCCAACCACCCGAACGCCUCCACUGUGGGACUCAUCUUUAAGAGCCACGGGGGGAGCACCAGGCUCCUGGUCGGGGCCACUUACACAGGGGCUGGGACCCAGUUUUUCCCCAAGAACCACAGCAAGGAGGACCUGCGCUUUGAGAACACGCCAGAGAUCGCGAUCCGCUCCUUAAACAUCAAGGAUCUUUCCAGACUUUUCACCUAUGACAUCAACCCUUCAGAGGACAAUGUGUUUAAGAUCAAGCAAGAAGUUAAAAGUAAAAACAAACUCAACUUUGUCCACGCUUUUAUUCAGAAGACCUACUCCUACAUCGCCUUUAAUAAUGAUGCCAAAAUGGGCCACAAGGAGAGUCAGCCCAACAGCAUUCUGGCCAGAAUAUGCCUGGACACUGAGAACCCUCGGAAGUCCACAGGACCGGAGAGCAAGAAGCUGACGGAGUCCUACAUCCAGAUGCCCUUGCAGUGUGGAUUUAACGGGGACAUUUACAACCGGCUUCUGUCUUUAUACCCGGCUGAGAUCCACACGCAGGACAGGAUGGGAGCGGAGCCCUAUCUGUUUGGAGUCUUCUCCAAGGCGGACAGGAAGUCUGCCCUGUGCGCUUUCAAGUUCCGAGACAUCGAGGAGGAGAUCCGACAAGGCCGGAGAAACUGCUCCAACUCGCCCAGCAGCGACGUGCAAGUGCUGGACAGCGUCAUCCAGGGCUCCGGGGCUGCGUGUAUUCAGAAGGGAAACCUGGUGCUGCAGCCGGAGCAGCUGGACUGUGGCGCGGCCCACCUGCAGCACCCGCUCGCCCUACGGAGGCCCCUGAGGGCCCUUCCCUUGUUUGAGGCCACCGGCCUGAGUUCAGUGUCAGUGGACAAUGUACUGAACCACACGGUGGUUAUUCUUGGAACCAGCAAUGGAAAGCUACGAAAGCUGACCCUCCUGGCCAACAUGACCCUGGCCAAUCAGUGGACAAUGAGGCUACCAGGCAGCGAACCGGUUCAUCACAUCAUGACCUUUGACCCCAGUGACCGGAAUUUUCUUUACCUCAUGACAUCCCACCAUAUGCUGAGGGUGAAGGUCGCUGAAUGUGGCCAGUGGCGGAGCUGCGGCGACUGUUUGGGAGCCGGUGACGCCCACUGUGGAUGGUGCACUUUGGAGAAUCGAUGCACCAUCCAGAAGGAGUGUCCUCAGGCAUCUUCGGCACGCUCCUGGAUAAGCAUGGGGGACGGCCCCCAGCAGUGUCCGUCCAUGAUGGUGGCCCCUCCAGAGAUCAGCAUUUCAGCGGAUAUCAAGGUUGUCGGGAUCCUCAUCAACGGCAGCGUCCCCGAUUUGGAGGGCUCAGUUGUCCAGUGUGAAUACGGUCCUGGGGUUUCCACAACUGCUACAGUGCACCUGGACUCCGGGCCCGCUCAGAUCCAGACCUGCCCGCUGCUCCCUCGAGAGAGCUACCGACCGAUCCCCCCAGGCACAGACCAUCUGACUGUUUCUGUGGCUAUAAAAGUCAACGGCACAACUGUGGUAUCUGGGAGCUUCAUCAUCUACGACUGCGAGAGGACGGGAACCAUACACCCCAAGACUUCAUGUCAGAGCUGCUUGAGCACCAGGUGGAAGUGCUACUGGGACCAGGAGAACCAUCUCUGCGUCUCCACAAAAGACGAGUCGAAGCCCAACAUUCUGGAGAACGCAGCUUCCUGCCCCAGCGUGGUGGCCACAGACGUUCCUCCUUCGCCGUCAGGAAUGGCCCAAGACUUCAUCUUGUCCCUCAGCAACUUCCAGGAGGGAGCUAAACUGGAGUGCGACUUUGGGACGGAGCAGCGAUACGCCGCCACAUGGCUGAACGGCUCCACAGUCAAGUGCAGCGGAGUGACACUUUCCACCAGUCAGAUGAGCCAGAUUUAUCACCUCAACUUGAGAAGACUUGGGGACUUUGGUGAUCGCCGUAACGUUUUCGUCGACAGCCCGCAGCCAAUAGAAGUGGAGGUGUACAACUGCGGCGUGGGGAGCACGGACUGCUCACAGUGCUGGGGACGGGAAGACAGAGGACACCUUUGUGGGUGGUGUGAUAACAGCUGUAGGCUGAGGGACGACUGCCAGCUCAUUAAGGAUCAAUGUCCAGCUCCAGAGAUCCACAAGAUCUUCCCCCUGAGGGGUCCGGUGGAAGGCGGCACCCAUCUGACAGUGCAGGGCAGGAACCUGGGCCGCAGAGCAGAAGCUGUAAAAGUCUCCAUUGGAGACGCACCGUGUACCAUCCUGCCUGAAAUGUACACCGUCUCCGUCGAACUGGUGUGUGUCACGGCGAAGGUCCCACAUGACCAGACGGACAUCGUCCAAGUGGAGGUGGAGCAGAGUGGGACCGGCUCCUCGAAGGAAAGCUUCUCAUAUCUGGUACCGAAGCUGCUGUCCCUGGAGCCCAGCAAGGGUUCUCAUGCUGGAGGAACAAGAGUCACUAUCACCGGAGAACACCUGAGUAUCGGUUCUCAGGUCAGCGUUUCGGUCAACCGAUCGCUGGAAUGCGUCAUCACCCAGCAUAGCGAUGAAGCCAUCGAGUGCAUGAUGCCUCCGGCGAUGCACACCAACAUCGAGUCAGUGCCAGUUUGCGUGGAGUUUGAAAGCCUCCCCUGCCAGAGUGACGACCUCAGCACCACUUAUGUUUACGAGAAGAAUCCCACCAUCAGCCGCAUCCACCCACAAAAAAGUUACCUCAGUGGCGGGAGGACCAUCACGGUGGAGGGUCAGGGCUUUGACCUGGUCCAGAGUGUCACCAUGCAAGUGCUGGAAAUCGAUAAGAUGCAGCCCUGCUCAGUGCUCUCGCCCUCCACCAUCACCUGUCUGUCACUGCCAUCGACCCAGUCCCAGCCCACCACUGUGCAGUUCUUCCUGAACGGGCUCCUCUACACCGGAGACUCCCCGGCCUCAGCUGAUGAUGAGCUGGACGAUGAGGAAGAGGAGACUCAGAAGGAUCACUUCCAGUUGGAAUACGUGGAGGAUCCUCAGUUCUUCACUGCCAAUAAGGAGAAGAUGAUCAAACAUCACCCUGGGGAGCAGCUGACCCUCAUCAUCAAUAAAGGACCAAACGGUCUGGAACUGACCCCGGAUGAAUACACCGUGAUGAUCGGCUCGCAUCCAUGCAACAUCAGCUUCCACAACGAUCAGUUAUUCCACUGCACCAUUAGCGGCCUGCUCAGCUCUAGUGAUGGAGAAAUGCCUGUCACCGUCCAAGUGGGGAAUUUCCGUCACACCAUCGCCAAAGUGCAUCUCGGUGGCAGCGAGCUGGCCAUUGUGGUGUCCAUUGUGGUGUGCUGUGUCCUCCUGCUGCUGUGCACUGUGGCACUUGUCGUUUACUGCACAAAGAGUCGAAGGGCGGAACGUUAUUGGCAGAAAACUCUGGUCCAAAUGGAGGAGAUGGAGUCGCAGAUCCGGGAGGAAAUCCGCAAAGGCUUUGCUGAGCUGCAGACAGACAUGACAGAUCUGACGAAGGAGCUGAAUCGCAGCCAGGGCAUCCCCUUUUUAGAGUAUAAACAGUUUGUCACGCGCACAUUCUUCCCCAAGAUGUGCUCCGAUUACGAGCGCAGUCUCGUCCAGCCGGUCUACGAGAACGACGCGCUGGGUCCUCGGGCUCUGCCGGAGACCCAUCCUCUGCUGCAGGACUGGCAGGCCAACAACACCACCAGACCUAACGUGGAGGAGGGCAUCACCCUGUUCUCCACACUGCUCAAUAACAAGCACUUCCUCGUCACGUUUGUUCACGCCAUGGAGCAGCAGAAAGACUUCGCCGUGCGAGACAGAUGCAGCCUGGCGUCUCUGCUCACCAUCGCCCUCCAUGGUAAACUUGAGUACUACACCAGCAUCAUGAAGGAUCUCCUGGUGGACCUGAUUGACGCGUCGGCCUCCAAAAACCCCAAGCUGAUGCUGCGUCGCACCGAGUCCGUGGUGGAGAAGAUGCUCACGAACUGGAUGUCCAUCUGCAUGUACAGCUACCUCAAGGAAACAGUGGGCGAGCCCUUCUUCCUGCUGCUGUGUGCGAUCAAGCAGCAGAUCAACAAGGGCUCCAUCGACGCCAUCACAGGGAAGGCCCGCUACACUCUCAAUGAGGAGUGGCUCCUCAGAGAGAACGUGGAGGCAAAGCCACAGAACAUCAACGUGUCCUUCCAGGGCUGCGGCAUGGACUCGCUAUCCGUCAGGGUUAUGAACACAGACACCAUCUGCCAGGUGAAGGAGAAGAUCAUCGAGGCCUUUUAUAAAAACUUGCCCUUCUCCCAGUGGCCCAGAGCAGAGGAUGUAGACCUUGAGUGGUUCGACUCGGGCAGCAACAGCAGGCUCCUGCAGGAUCUGGACAACUCCUCCUUGAUGGAAGACGGACGCAAGAAGCUCAACACGGUCUUUCAUUACCAGAUCCCGGAGGGGGCAUCGCUGGCCAUGAGCAUGCAAGACAAGAAAGAGAACACCCUGGGGAGAGUUAAAGAUCUGGAUACAGAAAAGUAUGUGCAUUUGGUAUUGCCUCAUGAUGAGCUCAUGGAGACCAAGAAGUCGCACAGACAGAGCCACCGCAAGAAAGUCCUGCCAGAAAUCUACCUGACACGCCUGCUGUCGACCAAGGGAACUCUUCAGAAGUUCUUGGAUGACCUCUUCCAGGCCAUCCUCAGCAUCCCCCCUGACCGCCCCCCGCUGGCUGUCAAAUACUUCUUUGACUUUCUGGAGGAGCAGGCUGACAAACGUGGCAUCACGGACCCGGAUACGCUGCACAUCUGGAAAACCAACAGUUUACCUCUGCGAUUCUGGGUGAACAUCUUGAAGAAUCCUCAGUUCGUCUUCGACAUUGACAAGACGGAUCACAUGGACGCCUGCCUGUCCGUCAUCGCUCAGGCUUUCAUCGACGCCUGCUCCAUCUCUGACCUGCAGCUCGGCAAGGACUCUCCCACCAACAAGCUGCUGUACGCCAAGGAGAUCCCCGAGUACAAGAAGAGGGUGCAGUGCUACUACAAGCAGAUCCAGGAGAUGUCGCCCCUGAGCGAGCAGGAGAUGAACGCUCACCUGGCCGAGGAGUCACGGAAGUACAGAAAUGAAUUCAACACCAACCUGGCCUUGACUGAAAUCUACAAAUAUGCCAAGAGAUACAGAAACCAGGUGGUCAAUGCUCUGGAGAACAACCCCACCGCACGGCGCACUCAGCUGCACCACAAGUUCGAGCAGGUCAUCGCUCUGGUGGAAGACGACAUCUACCAGUGCAGCAGCGAGGCCUGAGCGCCGUCUGCUUUCUUUCACCUGUCUUCAGAGGACCCCGCCCCAUCUCCUCUGGAGCCCCCUCCACUCCAAAAGGGAAGGAGAUUUCCUGGACCUGCAGCCCUGGUGGCCGUCGAUUCGCACUGAAGCCUUUACAGAAACGGGCCGAGCCAACGAUGCACUGAACUGUAAUAUAAUGUCCAUAGCAAUAUUUAUAGAUGUGAUAUAACGGGGGGGCCGCGACAGGCGGCUGCUGAGAACCCGCAGGCGUGUCUGCUGCCAUUAAAGUGACUCACCACCAUCGGUGCUUUGAACCUUCCGUCCCAACGUGCUCCACAAGUGGCUCCUUGAAGAAGAGCCCGUCGGUCCAAACAAGAGGGAAAGUUGCUGAGUUACAAUGUGAUCUCACUAUAAUCUAGUGUCUGACAUGACUGUACCUGUGAUGCCAAAUGACGUGUCAGAGUUUGUGAAAUAAAUGACAGUAUUUAGAAUUUUAACAA